AUGUUUGUCUACAAGAGAGAUGGACGCAAGGAACGCGUACAGUUCGACAAGAUCACGGCCCGCGUGUCGAGGCUCUGUUAUGGCCUUGAUCCCGAGCAUGUCGAUGCUGCUGCUAUCACCCAGAAGGUCAUCUCUGGUGUCUACCAGGGUGUCACCACCGUUGAGCUGGACAACUUGGCUGCCGAGACUGCGGCCUACAUGACCGUCACACACCCGGACUACGCCAUCCUCGCCGCUCGUAUCGCCGUUUCCAACCUCCACAAGCAGACCAAGAAGCAGUUCUCCCUGGUCAUCUCAGAUCUCUACCACUACAUCAACCCGAAGAACAAUAAUCCCGCCCCGAUGAUCUCGCAAGAAACAUACGAGAUUAUCAUGAAACACGCAGAUGAGCUUAACUCGGCCAUCGUGUACGACCGCGAUUUCAACUACAACUUCUUCGGCUUCAAGACUCUGGAGCGGUCGUACCUGCUGCGGGUCAACGGCAAGGUGGCGGAGCGUCCCCAGCACCUGCUGAUGCGUGUGUCCGUGGGAAUCCACGGCAACGACAUCGAGAAGGCCAUUGAGACCUACCACCUGAUGUCCCAGAAGUUCUUCACCCACGCCUCCCCCACCCUGUUCAACGCUGGUACCCCCCAGCCCCAGCUCGCCUCUUGCUUCCUGGUCGACAUGAAGUCGGACAGCAUUGACGGUAUCUACGACACCCUGAAGACCUGUGCGUUGAUCUCCAAGACCGCGGGUGGUAUCGGCCUGAACGUUCACCGCAUCCGUUCCACCGGCUCCUACAUCGGUGGUACCAACGGUACCUCCAACGGUUUGGUCCCCAUGCUUCGGGUCUUCAACAACACUGCCAGAUAUGUUGACCAGGGCGGUAACAAGCGCCCCGGUGCCUUUGCCAUCUACCUGGAGCCCUGGCACUCGGACGUCUUCGAGUUCUUGGAUCUCCGCAAGAACCACGGUAAGGAGGAGGUCAGAGCUCGUGAUCUGUUCUACGCUCUGUGGACCCCGGAUCUGUUCAUGAAGCGUGUUGAGGCGAACGGUGACUGGACUCUGUUCUGCCCCAACGAGGCUCCUGGCUUGGCCGAUGUCUACGGUGAUGAGUUCGAGGCUCUCUACGAGAAGUACGAGAAGGAAGGCCGCGGCCGUAAGACCAUCAAGGCCCAGAAGCUCUGGUAUGCCAUCCUCGAGGCCCAGACCGAGACCGGAAACCCCUUCAUGAUGUACAAGGAUGCCUGCAACAGGAAGAGCAACCAGAAGAACCUGGGUACGAUCCGUAGCUCCAACCUCUGCACUGAGAUCGUCGAAUACACUGCUCCGGAUGAGGUUGCUGUGUGUAACUUGGCUUCUCUGGCUCUGCCGACUUUCGUCGAUGCUGCCCGUGGCGAGUACGACUUCGGCCGUCUCCACGAGGUGGUGCAGGUCCUGGUCCGCAACUUGAACAAGAUCAUCGACAUCAACUACUACCCCGUCCCCGAGGCGGAGAAGAGCAACUUCCGUCACCGCCCCAUCGCUCUGGGUGUCAACGGUCUGGCGGACGCUUUCCUCGCUCUGCGCCUGCCCUUCGACUCGGCGGAGGCCCGCCAGCUGAACAUCCAGAUCUUCGAGACCAUCUACCACGCCGCUUUGACCGCGUCGUCUGAUCUGGCCAAGCAGCUCGGCCCCUACGAGACCUACGAGGGCUCGCCUGUCUCUCAGGGCAUCCUCCAGUACGACAUGUGGGACCGCACCCCCACUGACCUGUGGGACUGGGACGCGCUCAAGGCCAAGAUCGCGCAGACGGGUGUCCGCAACAGUCUGCUGGUGGCGCCCAUGCCGACGGCCAGCACCAGCCAGAUCCUGGGCUUCAACGAGUGCUUCGAGCCGUACACGUCGAACAUCUACUCGCGCCGUGUGCUGGCGGGUGAGUUCCAGGUGGUCAACCCCUGGCUGCUGAAGGACCUGGUCGACCUGGGCCUGUGGUCCGACAACAUGAAGAACCGCAUCAUCGCGGACGGCGGCUCCGUCCAGAACAUCCCCAACAUCCCCGCGGACAUCAAGGCGCUGUACAAGACGGUGUGGGAGCUCUCCCAGCGCACGAUCCUGCAGAUGGCGGCCGACCGUGGCGCGUUCAUCGACCAGUCGCAGUCCCUCAACAUCCACCUGAAGGAGCCCACCAUGGGCAAGAUCACCAGCAUGCACUUCGCCGGAUGGAAGAUGGGUCUGAAGACCGGCAUGUACUACCUGCGUACGAUGGCCGCGUCCGCGCCCAUCCAGUUCACCGUCGACCAGGAGCAGCUGAAGGUCGAGGACACCAACGUGGCCCGCCAGAACCUCUCCCUGAAGAAGCGGGGCACGGGCGCCGCCUCCAACACCUACUCGGCGGUCCCUCGCGGCCAGACCCAGGUCAGCGGCGACAGCGAAGACGAGACCACCGGCAGCCCGCGGACGCUGGCCGCGGACUCGGCCCCUCGGGCGCAGGAGGCCGAGAACGCCGGACAGGAGGAGGACGGUGAGCGGGCCAGCGAGGCGCGCGAGAACGACAUCUACUCGCAGCAGGUCCUCCAGUGCAGCAUCGAGAACAAGGAGGCGUGCGUGAUGUGCCAGGGCUGA